CGUUCCGCGAAAUGUUGUGUAACCUUAUUUAGAGAUAACAAUAAAGAUAGUGGUGUGUACAAAGGACACCCGUUAAUAAGGGGUUCCUCAAUGACCAUAAUUUGUUUUGGUUUUUCCACAAUAUGACUUCAUCUCAUAUAUUGGUUGAAUGAUUUUUAUACUUUAACAGCACACGCCCCAAUUUAAAAAGUUUAGUUGCUAACUUGCAGUUUUCCCUUCCCAUUACCAUUUGUCCUUAUAACGUAGAAAAGAGGCUUUGUAUAUAUAAUACAUCACUAUAUACAUUAAAACAACAUUACCAGUACCAGUUUCCAGGGUUACCCCACAUUUUCCAAAACAUGUCUUCAUAUAGCGAUGAUGUGCAGAUGAUGUCACCAACUUCAUCUCGAGGCGGCAGUGGUGGUGGUGGUGGAGGUGGCGCUCUCAACCAAUCGUCAAGAAACUUAUACAAAAGCAGUUCAAAUAUAUCAAUAGCAUCGACCACAAGUGAUUAUCAGAAUUUACCGGUAAUUUCUCCAUAUGGUGAUCGAGAUAUUUCUCCUGAUCUAAGCAAUGUUAAUGUCUCUGAAUCGUUUUCCCGUCCACUUUCAAGAAACUCAAAUACUUCAUGUUUGUCCACAACGGCAACCAAAGAUGGUAUUGAAGGUAAACGUUUACAUAGACAUGGACCCACCCUGUAUUCCAACAAUAUCUUGACGAAUAUGGCUCAAAAUAAUUUAUAUAGUUCUAGUGCUGGUUCUGACAUGUCUGCUGCAGCCUUACCCGUGGCGAUUCCAUUGGCGGGCCGUACCCCAAUUCGGCCCAUUCCAGUGCAAGCACCACUACCUGUAGAUAUAACACCAACUUCAUCAAUCACCACAACUUCACCCCCCGGUGAUCAAUUAAAUGCUGAAAAUAUAGAGCUACAUAACUCUAUAUUUCGAAAACAAGUUGGUAGUCAUCUUGAUUCUGAAUUUCAAUCGAAUUCAAACUAUAGCCAAGGGUCUAUAAAAACUACUGCAGCGGAAUUCGAUGGAGAUACUGGCGGGAAUAACCUGUUUGUUGCUAUCCCACCAGAACCCCCAAUUACCCUAAAGGAGAAGAUAAAUCUUCUUGAUACCAGUGUAGUCGAGAGACAAGACAAUUUUUGAGUAUAUAAUAUCAUAUCAGAC